AUGGAUCUGUUUACCUAUAAAAGCCCUGGAGGUCUGAUACUAGAUGUGGAGGAAAGAUCGUUUUUCAUUCAUAACUUGAAUCAACGCUGUGAAAUGGAUUGCGACUUGAUGCAUCUCGACUACUGCCUUGAUCAAGAAGAUUUUUUCUCCGGUGAAAAGAACAAAAUGACAUCGAAAAAGACGUUUGUCCCUCCGCUGCAAAUUAUUAAAACGGUGACCUACGACCCUGUAACUAGGGAGAUCCCACUGUUUUACCGUCGCCAGGAAAGCAACGAGGACCACCGCGUCCCCACCCUCAACAACCUUCAGCGUGUGCCAUCCUUCGAUGACCUUUCUGAUGACUGCUCUGAUGUGUCAGCAGCGACAACAGCGCAGGUGCCCCCUCUCACACCAGGAACGACCCAGAAAAUGUCACAGGCGCUACUGGAGAGCUUUAAGAGCUUUGAGAAGGACCAACACAGACUCAACAUACCCAGAGACCCUAUGCAGUGGAACGAGGGUCAGGUGUCACAGUGGUUGAACUGGGCGAUACACGAGUUCACGCUGGAGGGAGUUAACGUGGCUAACUUUGCGAUGUGCGGUUCCGAGCUCUGCAAGAUGGAGAAAGAAAAGUUCUUGAAGCUCGCGCCGCCAUAUAUGGGCGACAUCUUGUGGGAACAUCUUGACAUUUUGCAGAAAGAGGUGGUCCAAGAUCGCAGCUCUCUCGUAAAUGCCCCACCCACGUAUAGCGAACCUGUCUGCAUGCCUGAAUUUAGUGGUCAUGAAGACCAGCAGGUUUUUAACCAAGGUUACACCAGCUCUCCAGAACAGCUUUCUCCUCCUGUACAGACCAACUCCCAGCCUCCAUUCUCUGAGAACAAAUGUCAAGGACAACAGUUCCAGAUGUCGGAGUCCAUCCAGGCAUUGAACGACCUCUCACCCACGUACGAGGACACGUACCACAGUCUGGAGGAGAUCCAGCAUGGGGGUUUCUAUGGCGACCACAGCCCCACAGAGUUCUACACCAUGCCAGAACAGAAGUACCGACCUCCACCGAUGAAGACCAACAACAUGUGUAGAGGCCAGCAGUUCCUGCCACAGGAAGCACAUUCCCAGCCACACAUGGAGUCGUUCUUCGACCCGCACCACCAGUUCUCACAGAUGGUUCCCAAUGUUAAGAUGGAGUUACCGUGGUCACAAGCCGAGUAUCCGGGCUGUCGGGACAUGGCGGGCACCUGGUCGCCCACCGAACGCCCUGGUAUGCUGCGUCAUGGUUACCACCCACUACAGAACAUCGGGGAGCUAGGGUCACCCGUUGAGGGUAAACCCAUGAUCCAAGCUGCCGCCCUGGCGGGCUACUCUGGCAGCGGCCCUAUUCAGCUGUGGCAGUUCCUGCUUGAACAGUUAACGGACAAAACGUGCCAACACUUUAUCAGCUGGUCGGGUGACGGCUGGGAAUUCAAACUCUCCGAUCCAGAUGAGGUCGCGCGCCGAUGGGGAAUCCGUAAAAACAAGCCAAAAAUGAACUAUGAAAAACUUAGUCGAGGUCUCAGAUAUUACUAUGAUAAAAACAUUAUACACAAGACGGCAGGAAAACGCUAUGUGUACCGGUUUGUGUGCGAUCUCCAGAGUCUCCUAGGCUACACCCCAGAGGAAUUAUGGGAUGCCUGUGAUAUAAAGCCUCAGAAGGACAAAGAUGAUGAGUGAGCAAUCUGUGUCGUGAGAAGCUUGUUAAAUAUUCAAUUGUGUUGGUGACAACAAGUAUUUAGGAACAUUCGCACCAUAGGUAGUUGAAUGCACAGGUGUUGGUGUUGAGAUUGGAAAGGUUUUAGCGAGAAUUAACGGCUAAACGUUUGUAAAACCAAAAAUGGUUCAGAUACUGUGUGCUGAGAAAAGUUCAUUUUCAUCUGACUUUUCAAGUAGCGUUUUGCCUCAGCUGUUUGAGUGCCUUGUAUAAAAUACAGGCCAAGUUUGUGAACUGUUUGUGACCACCUGUGUAUUAAGAGAUAUCAAGUAUUGUGUCUAGAUAUAAUCAUAUAGCACUGUAUUUGUGAUACUCCAAAUAUGUCUGUACAUAAUGUGAAGAAUAUAUCAUAUUUUUCUACCUUACCUAUGUGUGUAUUAUAUUAUGGAAAAGUUAUGGUUGUAUCAUAAGCCAUUAUUAUUUAUGGCUUUCAUAUGCACUGAUUUCUAUAAAACAAAAGCUGGAGAAAAAAAAAAUCGAAAAAGAUGAUGCAAGGCUAUGAGAAAAAUCCGAAAAGUUUCUGUGUUAAAGCAGAACAAAAAAAGGGGCUAAACAAGACAGAUGCAUGAAGAUUUUGAUAGUUUUUGCAGUUGUGAAGGUCGUACUAAAAAUUCAGGGUUUUUUGGUAUUUUUAUAUUGUAAAGCAUUAAAUUUUUAUACACCAGAUAGGUUGAACGGAAAUACACGCUUUUUCAUAGGGUACAAACAAUUGCCAUUCAUUCAUCCUGUAGACCUUUCUCUAAUAUGAAUGGUAAGAUAAUUCCAAAAGGAAAUGUAACUUGAUGUAUAUCUCAUUUAAUAUUCAUCAGGAAAUAGCUUGUCCGAGGUCAGCUCCAGUGUCACUAUAUAUAGCCUACCCUUACUUGUAGAAAACAUUUCAAGAUUUGGACUAGAUUUUCCUAGUGCCUCAUGUGUUCCAAAAUAGUUUUGGCAAAAUGUAAAGUUUACUUAUUUAAUUGUUUCCAUUUUAUUUUAAUGUGAAGUGAAUCUUCUGAUGGUUCAAUAGAAUAAUUGUAUUUUUUUGUACAUACCAAGUGGAUUUUUUCUCUCCAAAAAGUGUGCUUUUGUGCCUUAAAAAAUCUGCAUAGUAGGCAAAAAUAUUCAUGCAGUUUUGAGGAAUUUCUUUAAUUGUUUUUCAGUAUGACUUGUGGAAUAGAACGUGCCUUAUUAAUGAAUGGAAGUGCUCUUAAAAAGUCAAAUACUCAGCAGUGAGUUCAUACUUCUGUCAACAUGACUUUUGUUCAGAAGCUUAUAAAAAAUAUUCCAGUGAAAACAACUUGCUUUUUGUGAUAUUGUCUGAAAAUGGCGUCGCCUUACUACAAUGGUUGAAUAGUGCUUUUACCCAUCUAUAACUUAUGCAUUUUGUGUAUAAUUUAUUCCGACUUAUGUUUGUAAAUAGCUAAUAUUAUUAUAUUUUACUUGCUAAAUGUACUAAUACCAAUUCAACUUACAGUAAUUAUUGGUAUAUUAUUAAGUUCAUAUUUUACAGGACUGUCUUCAUUCAUCCAACGCUAUAAUUGUGUUUCAAUAUGUGUAAUGGAAAUCAAAUCUGACGAAAGAGCUGAAUCAAUAAUUAAUACCAAAUUUUGGCCAAGUCUUUGUGAAAUAGAAUUACAUUUGUCUUUAACUAUGCAUUUUUAUUAAAUAUUUUAUAUUUGACUUGAGAUCAUUCAGGUAUUCUUAGAAGGAAUCUCUACCUAUCCGAUUGUGUUCAAAAUGGUCAGAUCUUUGUAUGUUGGUUCUUUUCCUUUAUUUUAUUUCUAUAUUUUCUUUAUUUUGCCAUACUUUUUUGAGUGUUUUCAGAUAUAAUCAGAGUUGAAACUGUUACCUUCUACUCAUUUAAAUGUGUUCAUUGUUCAGAGUUUUCUUAUGUUUAUUGUUGAUAAGUGUGUUAACAUUGUUUCUAUACCAUGUAUGUGUUCAUUAAUUUCAUUUAUUUGUUUUAUUGGAACUUUAAUCGUCUUAUGCUACAUGUAAGCAGAUUAAUUUUUUAUUUCCUUUUAUUAUAGAUGUAGGAAAAUUAAGUCACUAGGCAAAUAUGACAUGUACUUCAAAUUCUUAAUAAAGUUUGAAAUUAAAUUCAAAAAAUAAUCUUGGACUUUGGUUAUCAGUAAAUGAAAAAUUGACCAUAUUUGCAAAUAGUAUUGAAUAACAUUUAAAUUUCAAACAAAUGAGGAACAACUUUGAUAAAAAUAAUUGAAAAAAAAUCAAUCAGCAUUCUUGUAGCUAAGUCAGCAGUUCAUAUUUUCCUCCUUUCAUUUGUAAAAAAACUAAUCAUCUACACUCAAAUUAUUGUCUAGUCCACAAAAAUAAUUAUCUUCGAAUAAUAGUGUUUAUUGCUGUAAAACAUAAAUAUAUCAAACUAAUAAAAACUAUAUGUGACGCACUCUGUGAUUUUGGGUCCAAAUGAGGUAACCUCGUUUUCAAAAUUGACGUCACGCAAUUAACUUUUUUUUCCAAUAUUUUUUUUUUUAAAGCAUUUUUUGUCUUUUGCUGAAGUGUCAGGUAAGAUAUGCAUGAUAUUCUCAAAAUAAAUAAAUAAUUUGGGUUGGGAAAAGAAUAAGCUUUGUGAAUAUGAAAAUAACUCACUUUCGCCAAGAUACCUCAUUUGGGCCCAAAAUCUCAUGUUGUGUCACAUAUAUUAAAAUAUUGUAAUAAGUGUGUCAAUGAACAAAUUACAGUUUCUGCAUCAAUAUUGUUUUUGGCUUCGGUCAAAUUAUUAUUGAGAGCAUUGGGUAAAAUCUUUAUUAAAAAAAAAUUGAGACUAUUUAUUUACACGAACAUUUGCAGGGAAAUCACAGUUUUUAGACACCUGAUAGAAUCGUUCCUUUAGUUAUGUGUUCAGAACAAAUAUUCUGCAAUAUUUCAAGAUAUUAACAGUUAUAAACACGUUUUUACUUUAUUGUUGUUUUAUAUUUUUGUUGCAUAUUGAAUAAUUCUGACAGCAGUUAUAUUGACAUGUUAAAUCAGCUUACCAUUUGGGGUUUACUGAUUUCCUGUACAAAAUGAAGAUGAAUAAAUAAAACGGAAAAUACCA